AUAAGGGGCAGAGGCACGGUUUUCUCACCCGGUAGCCCACCAUGCAUGCCCGUCGCCUGCCGCUCCUCCUCCUGCACGGCUGGUGGGCCCUGCUCCAGGCGGGCGCCGAGACGUUGGCCGCUGUGCCUCUACGUACGCGGGGGCAGCCCUCGUCGCCGUCCCCUCUGGCAUACAUGCUGAGCCUCUACCGCGACCCGCUGCCCCGGGCGGACAUCAUCCGCAGCCUGCAGGCGCAAGAUGUGGAGGUAGAUGGGCAGAACUGGACCUUUGCUUUUGACUUCUCCUUCCUGAGCCAAGAAGAGGACCUGGUGUGGGCUGAGCUCCGGCUGCAGCUGCCCAGUGCCGUGGCCUUCCCUGCUGAGGACCCACUUUCCGUUGAGAUUUUCCACCAGCCCAAGCCAGAUUCGCAGCAGGCCCAAGGCGACUGCUUGGAGCGGCUUCGGAUGGACCUGUUCACAGUUACUCUGUCCCAGGUCACCUUUUCCUCGGGCAGCAUGGUCCUGGAAGUGACCAGGCCCCUCUCUAAGUGGCUAAAGCGCCCUGGGGCACUAGAGGAGCAGAUGUCCAGUGUGGCCCGAGAGUGCUGGCAGCGGCCCCCGACGCUGCCCAUCAACGACGUGCUCCUUGUGCUCUACUCAAACCUGUCUCGGGAGCAGAGGCGGCUGGGCGGCUCCACCUUGCUGUGGGAAGCUGAGAGCUCCUGGCGGGCCCAGGAGGGACGGCUCUCCCAGGAGGCCAGCAGCAGGCACCGUCGACAUCACUUGCCAGACAGAAGCCAACUGUGUCGGAAGGUCAAGUUCCAGGUGGACUUCAACCUGAUCGGAUGGGGCUCCUGGAUCAUCUACCCCAAGCAGUACAAUGCCUAUCGCUGUGAGGGCGAGUGUCCUAACCCCGUCGGGGAGGAGUUCCAUCCAACCAACCAUGCAUACAUUCAGAGUCUGCUCAAACGUUACCAGCCCCACCGAGUCCCUUCCACCUGCUGCGCCCCAGUGAAGACCAAGCCGCUGAGCAUGCUGUACGUGGACAACGGCAGAGUGCUCCUGGAUCACCAUAAAGACAUGAUCGUGGAAGAAUGUGGGUGCCUUUGAGGCGACCCUGGAGGGAUGCUGGAUUUGCCUGCACUCCAAAAGGUCGGGAAGCUCCUGGAAGACAUGACAACCAUCUAAUCCAGUGAGGAGAAACGGAGGGGAAACGCUGCUCUGCCCACCAGAACUGAAGAGGAAGGGCUGCCCACUCUGUAAACGAAGGGCGCUGUGGAGUCUGGCCAAGCACAGAGGCUGCAUCCGGAAGAGGGAGGAGGAAGCCCACGCAGGGCGCUUGCCAGGUUUUCUCUUUACUGAAAAGACAGUGGCAAGUAAAAGCACAAGUGCAAGAGUUCUUUAUGGGAUUUCUUUAACCUGUGAACCCCUUGAAAUGAUAUGCAAAAGUUGGGAUGUAGGUGCCUUUAUUUUCGAGGUGGGGCAAGUCAUCUAUAGCUUUCACAUGAUCUGUGACCUGCCCCUCCCCAAAGAUUAAGUAUCACUGUCCAGA